AGAAAUUUACAUCAAAUAUUUUAAGGCAUAAGCUGAGACAUUGUUUAGCUUUUGAAAUCACACUGUGAUGAAAUGAAUCUGCAGAGUAUUUUUUUGGCAGAUGGCUUUCCUCAGUUAAGAAGUUGAUGUUACAAGGAUUCUGGUGCCUGAAAUGAAAUUACAAUGGCUUUCAUUCACCUUCUGACUUUAUUAAGGGUGGUAUACAUCUUGAUUCUUCUAAUUUCAAUACAGUUUGCAUCUACAUAGGAUUUUGUCACAUUUCAAAUAUUUCAGCAGAAGUUUUUCAGGCUAGAUAUCUGCCUGAGGAUAUUUUUUAAUCUCUUUGAGCAAAAAUAAUUUAUUGAUUUUUAUACAGGAAAUCUGUGCUCUUUUUUCUUCUCUUAAAUUAUUCCAGUGACCUUUUCUUUAAGAAGUUCAGGUACAUUGCAGAUUUUGAAAAAAGCAUUUCAAAAAUGAGGUUAAAAGUUUCCUCUUGUACAUUCUGAGUGAAACCUCUUCUGCACAGGAGACUAAACAAUUAAUUUUAAGGAACAAGCACGAGCAAGAUUUCUAGAGAGAAAUUGUUGAGGUUUGCUGGCAAAAUAGAUUCAAGGAACAAAAUCAGCAGGAAAAUGUGCCUGAUGACUAGUGUGAAAAUGGAUGUGGGAGGGAACGAAAAGGAAAAUGUGUCAGUGUAGUUUGGGAGAUACUAAAAUAACUAUAGAAGCUGAAGUGUAGAGCCUGUUCUCUGAGAACAGAACUGAGAGUGAGAAGCAGUGGGGCUGUGUGGGAAUCUUGGAAGUAGAAGGAGAGACUGUUCUGAUGAGCUGGGCUCGGAAGUGUGGUUGUUGGAGGGGGGGCUGUGAGGCUGGCUGAGGAGACAAAGGGAGGACUGGCAGGGGGAGCCAGCAAAGAGCUGGCUUGUGCAUGAGGAAGGCUGAACGGCAGAAUCAGGGUGAGAUCUGAUGGGUGUUUGGGAAGCUGGAAAACAAGAUUUGCCGGGCGAGCUGCCUGGGGACGAUAUGAGGAAGGCUUUUGGAGGUUUCCCUUAGGUGAUUUUAAUCAGUGGGAACUUUGCAUUACACAGAACUCCGUACUGGGGUCUCACAUCUGAAAACAUCUUCUGAAGAAGGAUUUGGACUUCACCUUAAGAAGGACAGAUUUCCACUUUAGACACCACGUCAUUUUCCUUCCUGUGAGAAUAACAUGAAUCAGAAGGUGUUAGUCUUCCUUCUCCCGAAUUUUCUAUUUGGGAUAUUUCUUUUUGGGUUUUUCUGUAGGAGACAAAAAAACCUAACAGAUGCUUUUCCCAAUCCUACUGAAAAUUGGCUGGCAAUUCAAAAUGGUCGGAAAAACACACUGGCUUCUGUCUGCCUGAAGAGUAACCUUAAUAAACCAAGAAGCAAAUUGGAUUCUCAGGUUGCAAACAGGCUCUUUGUGGAGCACAAGCAUAAAUUUAUCUACUGUGAGGUGCCUAAGGUAGGCUGCUCCAACUGGAAGAGAAUUAUUUUUCUUCUUCAAUCAGACUUGAAUGCAGAAGCUUCUGAAAUUGAUCAUGACAAUAUCCACCAUACCUCACUAAUCAAAAGGCUGGUGUCUUACCCUCCUGCCUUACAAAAGGAAUUUCUAAGCAAUUACACCAAAGUGAUGUUCACCAGACAUCCCUUGGAACGGCUGGUUUCAGCUUACAGAGACAAACUCCUGCACUCUGAGCCAUUCUACAGUACCACUAUUGCUAAUGAGAUUAGGGCAAUGUUCAGGAAAAAUAAAAGUUCUCCUGAAAAAGUGAGUUUCCAGGAGUUUGUCAGCUUCAUUAUAGCAAAACCACCACAUACUCUUGACAUUCACUGGAAACCAAUGUUUCUGCUCUGUGAUCCUUGCAACAUUCACUAUGAUAUUGUGGGUAAGUAUGAAACUCUUGGGUUGGACUCUGAGAAUGUUCUGAAGGUCAUUGGUGCACCAGAGAGCCUGCAAUACCCCAGCUUGAAGAGAUACGGCUCAGAGAAACGAACUGAUGGGGAUAUCACCUUAGAGUACCUCAGACAACUGACCUCAGAACAAAUUGAGAAGAUAAAAAAACUGUAUGAAAUGGAUUUUUUUUUGUUCAACUAUACUAUGAAAUAUGAGGAUUAUUUUUCCCUGAAUGACUAAUGUAAAUUAAACAAAGAGAACUUUCCUUUGUACAAAAUGGGCAAAACUUGUCCUCACAGGUGCUUGAUAGGCGGGUUGGUGACUGCUGCUGAGGUUAUCCUGGAGUUUGUAGAUAUGGUUUAUCAUUCUAAGCACUCAUAUAUAAAAUCCCUGCCAUGAUCUCUUGUUCCAUGCAGACCUUUACCUAUUAAAAUUAUUGUCUUCCUAUUGACCUUUAA